GCACCCAAGAGCGCCCCGCCCAUCGAGGCCCCGCCCACUCCGCGCCGGGAGCUGCGCGGGCCGGAGCACCCGGCCGGGAUCCCAGAGCCCGCGCACUGCGCCGGCGGCAAUGAAGAUCUGGAGCUCGGAGCACGUGUUCGGCCACCCGUGGGACACGGUCAUCCAGGCGGCCAUGCGCAAGUACCCGAACCCGAUGAACCCGAGCGUGCUGGGCGUGGACGUGCUGCAGCGCCGCGUGGACGGCCGCGGCCGCCUGCACAGCCUGCGCCUGCUCAGCACCGAGUGGGGGCUGCCCGGCCUCGUGAGAGCGAUUUUGGGAACCAGUAGGACUUUGACAUACAUCCAAGAACAUUCUGUGGUGGAUCCAGUGGAAAAGAAAAUGGAACUUUGUUCCACCAAUAUCACACUCACAAAUUUGGUGUCAGUUAAUGAGAGGUUGGUGUACACACCUCAUCCAGAGAACCCAGAAAUGACCGUGCUCACACAAGAAGCCAUCAUUACCGUGAAGGGGAUUAGCCUCGGUAGUUAUUUGGAAAGUUUAAUGGCCAACACGAUAUCAUCCAAUGCAAAGAAGGGGUGGGCGGCUAUCGAGUGGAUAAUCGAACACUCUGAAAGCGCUGUGAGCUAAGGAGGCCUGCGCCCGUGCUUGUGAUAAAUGGUGAUGCUUCCCAGAAGAAAGGAAAGAAGCAGGUGAGGAGGUGAGGAGAGGACGAGCAAGGACCGGACGGAAGAGCGCGUCUGGCUGCGAGGGCGCGCAGGGCCGGGGAGGAGGAUCGGGCUGGACUCAUCGCGGGUCGCAGGUGACCCCGGGACUGGACGUCCCUCCCCUCAUGAGCGUGCAACAGGGAGCAGCCCCAGCCAGCCCCGCCGCCGCCGUCUGCGUGGAUGGAGGGCGCGAGGCCUUCGCCCAUGUCCCUUAGGGGUGGCGCCCAUCACCUUGCCUGCCAUGGUGGCCCAGGCCCUUCUCUCCCUGCAGGUGGCCCGUGCCGCCCCCGCCCGCCCGCGCUGUCCUCCACUCAGGCCCGUCCACAGACGCUGGGGGGUUGUGCCGCCCUCCGGCCUUUCCCCCACCCUUGCCUUUGCCGCCCUCCGGCCUUUCCCCCACCCCCGCCUUUGCCGCCCUCCGGCCUUUCCCCCACCCCCGCCUUUGCCGCCCUCCGGCCUCUCCCCCACCCCCGCCUUUGCUGGCCUCGGACGGGCUCUCACUGUGGGGCUCACGGGGCCUGGGGCCGUGGCUUUCUUCUUGGCGCCCAAAUGCCUUUCCUCGAGUGGCUAAGCCUCUCCUGACGAGGCUCCUCACGCGGGGAGAGGGCUGGGGUCCAGGGGUCUCCGGGCCUUUUCUGCAGGCUGUGCCGGCCCCCUCCAGCCUGCCCCUGCCCUGGGGACAUCCUGUGCCCAGGCUGGAGGCCCCGCCUCGCUGCUGGCCAGCCUCACCUGCUGGGGCUGGAGGCCUUGGAUCCCUCACAGCAUCCGAGGUUUGAGUUCCUGUUUUUCUCCUUGCAGGGACAACGCCAAAGUUCUUUUUCCCACCAUGUUUAAAUCAAAGUUGUUUAAAACAACAUUAAUUUAAAAAUAUAUAUAAAAGCAACCCAUGCUUAUGGUUAAAAAAGAAAGUACAGGAGUCUGGAGUCCGUUGGAGGGUAAAGGAUUCCCGCGCUGCCAGUGGCUCUUUUUCGCAAAGACUGCCGGAAGUUUUCUGUGCUUAUGAAAGUGUGUGUGUGGCCUUUCUCUUCCCUUCCUUUAUUAAACACAGAUAGGCUCAUGCUGGAUAA